GUACGAGAAAGGCUGACUUGAGACCUGGAUAGAUAUCUGCAAUUUUGAAGACAUUUUAGAGGAUAUCCUAAGAAAGCAUAUCUUUCAGAGGACGAAACAAUAUGGAUGCAGAUCAGGACAUCGAUGACGAUACGCACAUCUGUCUCAAAUGCCGGACAACCAUUACUGGUUUGGACAACUACGUCAAACAUCGGAAAUCCGUUUGUGCCACCAGUAAUUCCACCAGCCGUCCUCAGAAUGCUCCUAUCAAAGUUGACGUCGAAUCUGUUCCAAAAGAUUGUACCACGACUCCAGAACACAUAGACAACAAUCCCAACCUCAAAGCAGAUGACUUCUUUUCUUCACUGGAACUCCAAAGUAGUGCUAAGAAAACUACAGUAAAUUCCUCAGGAAAUUCCGUCAAAAUUGCCUGCGGUGUGGUAACAAGAAGCAGGGCUUCCGCAGCGAUUCUGGCCAACACUUCGUCACGUGACGCCCAGUUCACAAGUCAACAGAAAAGUGACAGUGAACUUCUUGGGAAUAUGGCGACGGAACUAUUUUCCGCACCAACUGACUUGGACACUGCAGCAAGCACGUGUCUCAUGAAGACGGAAAGUCGCGAUAAUAUCAUGCAGUCAGCUGUGGACAGAAGCUAUCUCGAAGACUCAGCUUGUGAGGAGGAAUCUAAUGAAGAAUAUGAAGAUGAAGACGAGGACGAAGAAGACGAUGGUUGUCCGCCGAGGUCACAUACUGGAGGAAAAUGGAAGCCUGGAGACUUGACGAGAGGAUCCCCGCCGUCUUGGACAAGGACGUCGUCUUCUUCCACACACGCUGAAGAAUAUCGAGGGAGUAGUAGUACAGGAGGGUGGAGUCUACUCCUCGAAGAGUGCGCCGGAAGUUCUGCCGUCGCGGCAGACCCCCCGCCACAUUUCACUGGAGGCAAAUGGAAGCCCACUCUACCGAAUCAGGCUGUCAUUCGCACACAACAGGGUUGCCGUGGACAAAAUUCAGACGAAGAAGAUGAUGUGCUUCAUGAAAACACUGGAGAAAGAAACUCUAAUGCGACUGGAAUGAAUGAUACCACAAUAUCUCGAGUACCUCCUCCAGGUCACACAAGUGGUAAGUGGGUACCGGGAAAGCAGGUCCGUCUGGAUGACAGUGUAGAAGACGCUGGUAUCACAGAGGGUGGCAGUAUGGGCAAUAUGUUGUUGAUUCCACCUCUCCGGAAGUCAGGCAGCACCAUUCAGUAUUGGUGUGGAUCGUGCAACAGGCGACUGAGCUCUAGGACUCUCUACGAGAGGCAUUUGUUAUCAGAACUGCAUUUCAAAAGAACUCUACAAGAGCGGGAGCUAGAAGAAGACCCGCUUAAGGCGCAGAGCGACUCGAAUGACAGGGGAAGUGAUAAGAGGACAGUGAGGCGAACCGAAGUAUACCUCAACAGCGAACUUUGGUCCCGUAGCAAGAGACGAAGGCUGAACUCCGGGACAAUUUCAGGUCCCGUAAGGAAACCGAAAAGACGCCGCGACGAGGUGCAUUGCGAAGUCUGCAGCUCCAAAGUGUUAAGGCACUUGCUGGGAAAACACUUGGUGUCACAUUACCACUGCCGGAAGGCGAGGUCAGGCCAUCCACAAGCUGCAAGUCUUGUGCUGGACAAUAUCCACAGUGUGGUGCGCCAGGCACCCUUCCAAUGCAGCCCUUGCAAGUUCUACUGCAACACCGAGGCUACCUUCAAGCAGCACUGGACCUCCCGGGAGCACGAGCGUACCGACACCAUGGUGAGCGGUCGUUACUGGUGUUCAUUCUGCAAGUACGAAUGUGAAAGCUCUGUAGAUAUGAAGUGCCAUAUUGAGGGUCCAGUGCACCAGGAACUUGUUGCCGUCAUCAACCGAUCAGUUCCCAUAGUGAUCCGCAAGCGGACAGUCCUUUCCUGUGGCAGUUGUGGCGAAGAGUUCCGAUACAACGCGCAGCUAAGGAGGCAUGUUUUGCGGGCAGGACACCACGACUCCAGCACCAGCUCUGACGUGUACCAGGAGCGUUUUUGCUGCUCCGACUGCCGCUUCGUGGGAAGCUCGAGUGCCUCUCUGCAGCGCCACAUUCUUCACACGCACAAAGCGGAGAAGAAGGGCGCCUACUUCUGCAGUGCAUGCUCCCUGAACUUUGAUUCCGCGGAGGAAGCUGCUCUGCACCGUCGGAGUCAGCAGCACAAAUACUCGGCCCUGGCAAGUAGAAGGGACAGGGGACUGAGUGAAGAAGUCCUCACGAAGAACUGCCCUCACUGUGGAGAGAAAUUUGAAAACGUAUUGCAAUUAAAGACGCAUCUUCGUGAGCAGCACGCCGAGUUCCCGUACAGGUGUGCGCGUUGUGGGAUGACGUUCACAUUGCCUCAGGAAGUGUCUCGUCACGUCAGAGAGUCAGCAUGCGUCUUCAGGACCGACAAAAUCAAAUCGGACUCGCCGUCAGACGGAAAGCAGGUGCCGGAGAAGGUUCCAGUGCCGAGUACUUCUGCAGACAGCAACAAAAAUGAGGAGGACGGCGAAUGCAGAUUUGUAACGUGCAGUCAGUGCUCCUACCGCACUGAGUCACAAGCUGAGCUCCUCUUCCACGAGGUCCUGCACGGAGAAUCGAUUACCGAUUCGUCUAGUACAGAGACCGGUCUUGGAACUACCACCAGCCAGGCUCAGAAGGCGAUGAGGUACCAAUGUCCCUUGUGCACGCGAGUGUUCCGCAAGGCGACGCUACGAUGCCACCUCAGAACCCACACACAAGAACGCCCGUUCGUGUGUACCUUUUGUUAUCGUGGUUUCGGACACAGAUCGUCCAUGAUCACACACGUGAAACAAACACAUCGCACGGAGACGAGUAUCGCGUGCGAGGAAUGUUCCUUCAAGACGACAAACAAGACCUCGAUGGACCGGCACAGGCUGAGACAUACCCAGCGCAACAAAUCCUUCUUGUGCGCUGUGUGCGGAGCGAAUUUCUUCCUCAAGAACACACUACAGCAACACAUGAAGAUACACACUGGGAAAAACUUCAAGUGUCAGCAUGAGGGUUGCAUCUUCGCCUGUAGGUCUCAGGCCGAGCUACGCAACCAUCAGCAGGUGCACUCUGACCACCGGCCGUACCACUGUGACACAUGCACCUACUCCGCCAAAACCAAGCCUCAGUUGCUCAGGCACCACACAGUGCAUCUGGUGCAAAGGCCCCACCAAUGUCCGCACUGCCCCUUCGCUGCCAGGAUAGCAUCACAUCUCCGGCGUCAUCUUCGCUUGCACACGGGUGCCAAACCCUACCGCUGUCCCUAUUGCCCCUACACGUGCAACAUUCUUGAGAACCUUAGAAAACACGUUCUGUCGACCAGCAAACAUCCCGGGAAACAUCUGUAUGAAUGUAGGUUCUGCGAAACAGGGGAUGCGUUCAAAUCUAACCUGGCUCGUGAUUUUCGGGCACACCUCGUCACUGCACAUCCUCACCACUUCGGAUCGGCUCUUCUGGCAGCGUCCUACGUCGCCGGUAUAUAUGACGCAAACGACGAUCCCAAGUUCGUCGAGAAACCCAUUCAACUGCAGCCGCGCUGGAAAAGGAGUAAGACUAGGGCUGUGACGACAGGCGACGACGAAUGCUUCAACAAGGUCGACGAGAGAGGCCACUGUGAUCCAAACGAGCCUCAAGUUCUGUCAGCUCGCAUUGAAACUUCUCCCAACAAGAACCCUGAAAGCUCCACGGAAACUCAAAUGCGGACUAAGAAUUCCCUGCCCCUUUCAACUAACAAAACCAACCUAGAACAGCCACAAGUGAACCCACAUGAAUUGCUUUCCAUGGUUGUCGUCACCGACCCUACUGAUGACGUCAUCUACAUCCAGCUUCCUCCAGAUUCGGAAAGAGAAGCAAUGGGACGAUACUGUGAGUCCGUUCUCUUCCCUACCGAAGGCGAUGCGUUUUUGUCUGUUGGGGAUUUCAACAAACGACGAUCUUCAGGAGGCGACAGUAGCAACAGUACUGGCUGUGAGACCACUGUUAUGCUUCCCCUCGAGGCGGAAGAAGUUAAAGAAGUAGGCAGAACAGACCAAGUUAAGGAUGGUGAGCAAAUGGUUCUUAUCAAGGGGACUACAACAGAGCAGCGGCCUCAAAGGAACAAUGACCUUGACAAAGAGAUGACUGUGAUAGAAGUGCCAUCUGCUGGUGCUGACCAAUACACGAGUCUUUCUCAACAUGAUAUGGAAGAGGGACACGGGCAAGAAGAACCUGAGGGUUACCAUAGAGUGUUAGCGCAGACACUAGAGGGUUCUGCCCCUGAACAGACGACCACAGCGCAGCAGCAACAGCGGUACCUCGUCAUUUUCAAAUAAAGUCUCGGUUCUCCGAUUAGGCUGCAUAACAUAAUAUGCACUAUGUUUCUCUGCUAAUAGAACGCGGACAUUCAAAUCCUGACACUCGUAACGAUUUUAAACUAAUUCCAUCCACCUGUUUUCCUCACAGCCACUUCCCUUAAUGUGGCCUUUUUCAAAUCAUAUCACUUCCUCCUCAGUAUUACAACUGGCCGCUUUCCAAAAGAUUUCCUCCCCAAAAAUUCUACAAGGAUUUAGCCCAUCCAAGCUACGCGUCCAGCUCAUUGUAACCUUAAUAUCACGUUAUGUUCUGGAAAUAAGAUUACUAUUUGUAAGAAGUACAGGUAUUACCUUUCCUAGUCCGUCGCUUGAAAAGUAUGACACCUUUGUACAUGUGUGUGUGUGUGUGUGUGUGUGCAUGUAAUUAUAAAAUUUGAAACUCGCAAUGAACGUGGCUUAGUCGUUACACAUGUUUGUCUUUGUAUUGUAUAGAGUGAACUACUUCAUGACACAAAAAGCAUUUCAGAAACUAUUCCUAGUGUUUGAUUUCUCGAAUUUCCGACAUAAAAUAACCGGGACACAAUUUAACCUUAACGCAAUGUUCUACUUUGCAGCAUGAUUGGGGGGAGGGGGGGGGCAUGUAUAAGGUAAGUACCGGAUCUGCAGUCAGCACCGCGCCAUGUGACAAGAGACAGACGAAUGCGACAUGAAUGAUUCUUCAUUUCAUUGCAAUUUGCAUAAAUCCUUCCAGAUAAAACCUAUCUCGCCAACAAGCCACGUUUUGCUUUUACAAAAGGCAUUAUGUAGCCAAUAGUUACAUCUGUAAGUUAUUAGGUCAUGGUUUAUUUAACGACACUACAUCAAGUGUAAAAUGACGGAACAUUAACACUUGAAAUCGAAACUCAUCUAAAUAAUAUUUAAAUAUUCAUUUUAUACCUCAAAGGAAACAAAACGCGUCUACAUACAUAAUUAAAUUUGUCAAUGCUCUUUAAGGAAAUCGUCAUGAUUUAUUCUGGGAAUCAUACGAAACCCGUCUGUGGGAAAAAAAUUAAGUUACUAAAUAUUA